AUGUCAGCUGAACCGGCUGAUCAACAGAAUGUAACAACAAACGAUCAAUCGCAGCAGUCCUCUACUAAAACAGAAGGAAGUGCGAGUUUCUUGCGAGCGGCACGAGCAGGAAAUUUGGACAAAGUUCUGGAGCUUCUCCGUUCUGGCACAGAUAUUAACACAUGUAAUGCCAACGGUCUGAAUGCUCUCCAUUUGGCUUCUAAAGAAGGUCAUAAUGAAGUAGUAAGAGAAUUGUUGAAACGGAAGGCUCAUGUAGAUGCAGCCACUAAGAAAGGUAAUACAGCUUUACACAUCGCCUCCUUGGCCGGACAGUCAUUGAUUGUCACUAUUCUUGUUGAAAAUGGAGCAAAUGUUAAUGUACAAUCGUUAAAUGGUUUUACACCUCUGUAUAUGGCAGCACAAGAAAAUCAUGAAGAUGUUGUGAGAUUUUUAUUGACCCACGGAGCUAAUCAAACACUUUCGACAGAGGAUGGCUUCACUCCACUCGCAGUUGCUUUACAACAGGGUCAUGACAGAGUAGUAGCUAUUUUACUAGAGAAUAAUUCCCGCGGAAAAGUACGAUUACCUGCGUUACAUAUUGCUGCCAAGAAAGAUGAUAUCAAAGCAGCUACUCUACUUAUGGAGAAUGAACACAAUCCAGAUGUUACAUCUAAAUCUGGUUUUACACCGUUACACAUUGCUGCUCAUUAUGGUAAUGAGAACGUUGCCCAACUUCUCAUUGAACGAGGUGCCAAUGUCAAUUACCAAGCCAGACAUAAUAUCAGUCCUUUACACGUUGCUACGAAAUGGGGGCGUUUGAAUAUGGUUCAACUACUUCUUCAAAAUGGUGCCAUCAUAGAUAGUAGAACUAGAGAUCUUUUAACUCCCUUGCAUUGUGCUGCACGCAGUGGCCAUGAUCAAGUCGUGGACAUGCUCUUACAGAAAGGAGCACCAAUAUCUGCGAAAACGAAGAAUGGACUCGCUCCAUUACAUAUGUCAGCUCAAGGAGAUCAUGUAGAUUCUGCCAGAAUCCUGUUAUAUCAUCGAGCUCCUGUAGAUGAUGUCACCGUUGACUACUUGACCCCUCUUCAUGUUGCUGCUCAUUGCGGACAUGUUCGCGUAGCGAAACUUUUAUUAGAUCGUAGUGCUGAUCCAAAUGCUCGAGCUCUAAAUGGCUUUACUCCACUUCAUAUUGCUUGCAAAAAGAAUAGAAUCAAGGUCGUAGAAUUACUUCUAAAGUAUCAUGCAGCUAUUGAAGCUACAACCGAGUCAGGGUUGUCUCCUUUACACGUUGCUUCUUUCAUGGGUGCAAUCAACAUUGUUAUUUAUUUAUUGCAACAGGGUGCAAAUGCUGACGUCGCAACUGUACGAGGUGAGACACCUCUUCAUUUGGCUGCCCGUGCUAAUCAAACUGAUGUCGUUAGAGUUUUAAUAAGAAAUGGAGCCAAGGUUGAUGCACAAGCUCGUGAGCUGCAAACUCCUCUUCAUAUUGCUAGUCGUUUGGGUAACACUGACAUAGUUGUACUUCUUUUACAAGCUGGAGCCAACCCCAACGCUGAUACUCGUGAUAAGUAUACAUCCCUUCACAUUGCAGCAAAGGAGGGUCAGGAAGAGGUUGCUGCGAUUCUCCUGGAUCAUAAGGCAGAAAAAGGAGUUAUGACCAAAAAAGGUUUCACACCUCUUCAUCUUGCUUCCAAAUAUGGAAAUGUUGAUGUUGUUAAACUUCUACUGGAUCGGGGCUGUCAAGUAGAUAUAGAAGGAAAAAAUCAAGUUACACCUUUACACGUCGCUGCUCAUUACAAUAACGAUAAGGUGGCCAUGCUCCUAUUAGAAAAAGGUGCAUCGGCUAAAGCUGCUGCUAAAAAUGGUUAUACUCCUCUUCAUAUUGCUGCUAAGAAAAACCAAAUGGAAAUUGCCAGCACAUUGCUUCAGUUUAAUGCUGAUCCAAAUGCAAAAUCAAGAGCUGGUUUUACACCUUUGCAUCUCGCUGCUCAGGAAGGACAUCGCGAAGUAUCUGGCCUUCUGAUAGAAAACGGUUCUGACGUUGCUGCUAAAGCCAAUAAUGGGCUUACCGCAAUGCAUUUAUGCGCCCAGGAAGACCACGUACCAGUGGCAGAAGAAUUGUUCAAUCAUGGAGCUGACAUCAACAGUCAAACAAACGCUGGUUAUACGCCGCUGCAUGUUGCUUGUCAUUUUGGACAACUGAACAUGGUGCGGUUCCUCGUUGAACAUGGCGCUCAUGUAGGUGAAGUGACAAGAGCUAGUUACACACCACUUCAUCAAGCAGCACAACAAGGACAUAAUCACUGUGUUAAAUACCUCUUAGAACAUGGUGCUUCUCCGAAUGCUCAGACAGCGAGCGGACAAACUCCUCUAUCUAUUGCUCAACGUCUAGGAUAUGUAUCAGUCGUGGAAACUUUGAAAACAGUCACCGAAACAACAGUUAUCACUGAAACAACAACCGUCACUGACGAACGGUACAAGCCUCAGAAUCCUGAAGGAAUGAAUGAGACUAUGUUCUCUGAGAGUGAAGACGAAGGACAAGCAGCCGAACACGAAACCGCAAACGCACAUAUGAAAGAUUUCUCAGAUCAUCUAACACAAGGAUUAGCGGAUUCUACUGGCGUUCAUAUGAUUCAUACAGGCGAACAGUUGUUAUCAAAGAGUGCUGAGUUAGAUGGAAUUCAACUUGCACCAAGCGCUCAAGUAAAUGACAAUUUAGACGAGUUAAUCCGAAAAGCUCAGAAUCAACCACUUUAUGCGGCUGCAGCCGGAGCAAUGUCACAAGAGGAUUCAAUAAUGAGUCAAGCCGUUAACAAUGAUAACAUUCCAAUCGGACAUAAUGUAGCUCAACCUAGCAAGCUGCAGCACAAAACGUUCCUCAUAUCUUUUCUGGUGGAUGCACGUGGAGGAGCAAUGCGUGGCUGUCGCCAUUCUGGCGUACGCAUCAUCAUACCUCCACGGAAAGCUGCCCAACCAGUACGCGUUACCUGUCGCUAUUUGCGGAAGGAAAAACUUGCUCAUCCUCCUCCACUCAGCGAAGGAGAAGAGUUAGCCUCUCGCAUAAUCGAAAUGGCACCAGCUGGUGCUAAAUUCCUUGGUCCCGUCAUAUUGGAAGUACCACACUUCGCUUCGUUGAGAGAUCGCGAACGAGAAAUUGUUAUCUUACGGUCUGAUGAUGGGCAACAUUGGAAGGAACACCAACUUGAAGCUACAGAGGAUGCCGUCCAAGAAGUUUUGAACGAAUCAUUUGAUGCUGAAGAACUUGCCCAACUUGACGAUCUUCACACUCCGAGAAUUACGAGAAUCCUUACUAAUGAUUUUCCAAUGUAUUUCGCCGUAGUCACCAGAGUUCGUCAGGAGGUUCAUUGUGUUGGCCCAGAGGGUGGAGUAAUAAUGUCCUCAGUUGUACCACGAGUCCAAGCAAUAUUCCCUGAUGGUUCUUUAACCAAAACUAUCAAGGUGUCUGUACAAGCUCAGCCUGUACCUCAAGAAAUGGUAACUCGACUUCAUGGAAAUAGGGUGGCUGUUUCACCUAUUGUAACAGUUGAACCACGUCGUAGAAAGUUCCACAAACCCAUCACUCUCUGCAUACCUUUACCUCAGAGUAGCAACAAGGGCAUGCUCACUCAAUAUUCUGGACAACCGGGGCAGGAACCACCAACCUUACGGCUUUUAUGCUCUAUUACCGGAGGAUCUGCACCAGCACAGUGGGAAGAUAUUACAGGAACAACACAGUUAACGUUCACAGGAGAUGAAGUCAGCUUCACUACAACCGUAUCUGCGCGAUUCUGGCUUAUGGAUUGCCAAACACCAAGAGAUGCCGCCAGAAUGGCUCAAGAAGUGUAUAAUGAAGCCAUAAGCAUACCAUACAUGGCUAAGUUCGCUGUAUUCGCUCGUCGUACUUUCCCUGUUGAAGGACAGUUACGCGUUUUCUGCAUGACAGAUGACAAGGAAGAAAAAACUCUCGAGAAACAAGAACAUUUCAAGCUCAUCGCCAAGUCUAAAGACGUUGAGGUGCUGAAAGGAAAACAUCAAUUCCUCGAAUUCGCCGGUAAUCUUGUACCCGUUACCAAGAGCGGAGAUCAGCUCAGUCUUUACUUCCUCCCAUUCCAAGAAAACAGGUUAGCGUUUAUGGUCAAGACCAGAAACAAAGAUGAUAACGAAGCUGCUACAGAAGGCCGAAUCGCUUUCAUGAAAGAACCGAAAGUUAGAUCUGAUGCAUUAGCUCCACAAGCUCCUAUUUGCACUCUGGCAAUAUCCUUACCUGAAUAUACAAGUGACCUCUCAACACCGUCAGCUAACAAGAAAGAAAUUGUUAGCUUCAAUGACAAGUACCGAGGAGCUUUCGAUAAAGAGUUACCAGAUUUUGUUCACAACAAUAUUACGAAAGGAGUUGGCGCUGAUUGGCCAAGAUUAGCUCGAGCAUUGAAAGUCCCAUAUAAAGAUAUUCUCCAUGUACGUCAGAAUUAUCCCGGUAAAGAAUUAGUCAACGUUCUGAAAAUUUGGAUUCAUAUGAAGAAAGAAGAAGCAACAAAUGAUGAGCUCAACAAUGCCCUAAAGAAAAUUGGAAGGGAUGAUAUUGUACGUAGUGUUCUGCAUGGUGAACCAGACACUUUAAGUUUCGGUUCGGACUCCCCCGCUUCCAAACGAUUUGAUACUGCUAAACCUCUGGAUAUACCCACAUCAAAAAUUCAAAUAGAGCAAAGGAUAGCUGAAGAAAAAGUUCUGAAAGCUCAACCUCUGGUACAAACGGCGCCUGAAGAGCCGGUCUCUCAGCUACAACAGGCUGAGCCUCUCUCAUUUUCUGAGACAAAUGAGUCUCUGAGCCACCCUAUUCCAGAGGAAGAAGAACCAGUAUCUGAGAUUCGAACUGUUGUAAGAACGGAACGCCAUGUUCAUGAUACAGAGGAGGGUCCUAUUGUUGAAGAAAAAACCAUUACAACAACAUACGAAGACGAUGUGGCUGUGAAUGAGCAUGUGGUAGACAGAAGGGUCCCGUUAAAUGACGAAGAAAAAGAAAAAUGGGAUGAACUUCACCGGUUAGAUGAAAGUAUGAACCACAGCGAUCUAUUGGAAAGUGAACCUUUGCCUGAUGGUUAUGACCAAACAGUUGAAAAAGAAGAGCAUGUUGAAGAUGAUGGAACAAUUGUUACAACUACGACUAUGACUAGCCAUUAUAGUGAAUCCCAUACUGAACCCCUUGAAAAAUCUGAAGUUGAUGUUGAAGCUGAGGAGUCUCAAGAUAGGCAUUCACCCAUUCACCAAGGUAGCAGCUAA